AACCAACUGAAAUACUUAAGAAAAAAAAAAAUUGAAAAAUAAUAUACAAAAAUAUCAAGAAAAGUAAAUUAAAAUUACAGUUGAAUUCAUCAAGGUGUAAGCAUUAAUGUCUCUCAGUGUCUUUAUUUAACAAUUAAAUACGUCCAGAGUGCACAUAGACAGCACAGUGUUGAAAAGGAUGGAUCACAUAUGCAAUGAGGAUUUUUAAAAACAUAAAUAUAUCCUUUAGAUGGCAGUGCACUACCACAGUUUUUUCUCCCACUACCAAUGUUUCAGCUUCAGCAUGACAAUGAAAUGGGUGUCUGGAAUAUUAAAAUAAAAGAAAAUAUAUAUAUUAGAGAGAGAGAGAGAGAGAGUUAUGUUGCGGUAAAAAUAGCCAUAGAGUAAUGUAAGUAGCUGACAGAGUGCAACCAUUUGACGUUAUCGACAUAGAACGCAAACAAAAUGGCGCCGCCCAUUGCUCAAAUAUGUUAUGGAUUUUUUUUUUUAAAUUACGUAAAUCUUUCACGGGUUUUCUACUACAUAUUUCAGUAAAAAAAACAUCAUUUACGUUAUAUUAACAUUAACGAGUCUUAACACCAGGGGAUCCCUUUAAGGGAAAAAACGAACUUCAAUGAGAGUAGGCGCGUAGUGGGCGUGGUCUUGUAGCUUCUUCAUCCUGUCAAUCACUGAGUGAAGGCGCGUGAAUUGCUGCUGCGACAGGAAAGUCUUACCUCAGACAUUUUAACUUUAGAUUUAUUAGUGACUACCAGUUGUAAGUGCACAGCCGACCGUUUAACUCUAUAAUCUUGUAUAAAUUGAUGUAAUGAAACUUUUCAUUUUUAGUCAUCGUUCGCAAUUUCAAAAGAACCGACAUUUCACGAUACAUUAUAAUAUCGUUUGACAGGCCACAUCAAAGUGAGUUUUCGCUAGCCGUUUUAACAUUUUACUUAAUUCCGUGCGACUGAGGAAAAAAAUUGACUUUUCUUUGACAGUGGACUCCGAUGCGCUUAAAGAUUUCAGAAUAAUCCACAACAAAGGAGACGGUAUUUAAUAUAUUGUAAUUUAUUAGGUUUUGGUUGUUUAAUAUCCGUUCGUGUGGUUUCAAUAUGAAUAAUCACACCGUGUCUAAUUCAUGUGGUCGAACCCAACAAAGUGCAAGUUUCAAGACUGUCAGGUAUAAGGGUAUUGAUUACAUCUCUGAGGCUUCAGUCAGAUGCAGACUGAUGAUGAACGUGUUAGAAAUUCCAGUUCCAUUCCAGCUAGACGGCAACAUCUACCCUCACAAUGGACACUUGUUAGACAUCGCUUACCGGGUACCAUGGAAGAACAAAAUAUCCAUGUGUACUCUACAAAUGACUGGAUCUGUAAUGGAUGACUUGAAGGCCAACAUACAUUUCAGUGACUGUUUGGAAAGGUUCAGUGUGUUGCAGACAGGAAGAAGACUAGAGGAAGUGGUUCCCAGCUCUAAUCCUGCCUCUCAGUGCAGUAUUGGUACUGCAGAAGUCCUCUGGCUUUUAGAUGGAGUUGAGAGCAGUGCCAUCAGGUCACCUUGGGAAGAGAGUUUCAGUCCAUGUACACCAGAUGCAUGUUGCUUUACCUGUGAUGAUCUCACUCUGCCAGAGGAGGUGAUAUUCGGUGACCAUCUGCAGCGGUUCAAAAGCCACCUGCCUCCAUUUCAAACGAUGCUUCAGAGGCUGAAGAUCAUGACUGUCUCGGAUCCUGUUCUCAAUUCAUCAGUAAAUCUCUUAGAAGGGCUUGUUUUUAGACACUGUGCCUCAUAUGAUGCAGUUUUAGACGAAGAAACGGGUGCCACAUUUACUGGAGGAAAUGUUAUAGAGGUGUUCAAAAAAGAGGCAGCACUGAAUGAAGAGUCACUAAUGUUGCCUGUUGAACUUCAUAUGGAUUCAUCCCGAAGACAAGAGCCAAUUUUUUCUUUUGCAAAACUGCAAGGUUUUCUAAAUGUCACCCGAGAACCAAUAGAAGAACGUUUCCCCUUGAAAGAUCUUUUUAAAGAAGCCACCUUCGCUGAUAAACUCACGACUGAGUUGGAGAUCCUGGAAAUGGCUGAAAGCAGUUUAGCUAACGUCACCUUUAAGGAGCCAAAAUCUCCAGUUGCUUUGAGGUCUUAUGCUGAGAUGGAAUUAGACCUGCCUCUUUCACCAUGUAAUCAUACGCUGUGUCUACCAGACCUGUUUAUGCCCAGCAGACUUCUGUCAGCUGAAAUCCUGUCACCAGUUUAUAAGCAGCAUUUCAUGUCAGACAGUGAUUGUGAAAAUAUGGAAAAAGCCGUUUGGAUGGCAGAGAAACAUCCCCAAUGCGCGUCUAAGUUUUUACUUGCUGAACCACAGGUAACUAAGCCCUUGGUCCACAUUCAGUCACUUUCAGAGCUUCUUACACUGCUGAAGGUGGAGAUGGAACCAGUCCCAGAACCCAAAGAUAAUAUGGGCCAGUUUCACUUCACGGACAGUACAGUGACGAUGCCUAAUCUCUCCAUCUACACUGAGAAAAUUUACACAAAAAAAUGCAAGAGAGCUGUGAGAGAAUCACACAUGGAUGAAAUAUUCUCACCACUGUCUAUUGUGAAAAUAGAUGAGUUGCUGAGUAAGUGUGCCUCAAAUGCUGGAAAUGAGCAAAAUCACUCUGUUUCCUCAGCACUGCCAUCUUCAGGCCGUCCCACUGCAGUUCACCCUUCCCAGAGUAAGCCUCUGCAGUCAGCUGUACCUACACAGGUGGAGAGAGGGACGACUGUGAAGUUCUUCAUAAUGGAGCGCAUGUCUCACCAAGGAGACAGUUCUACAGUGACAACAACUGGAGGAAUAGACUGUAAAGCUGUAGAGAUAGAGCAACACAUGUCUAGUCCAGCAGAAAGAUGCUUUGGGAGCCAGACAAUUUCCUCCACAUGUCUUUCAGAGAAACAACACAGUUUGGUCGAGAUGUCUAAGUCAUCUCCAUUGAAGCACGGUGUUAAAGAUAUUGAAGUAAUAUCCACUAUACGUAAACUUCCUGAGAAGUCAGAACAGAGAAGAGAAAACAUAAUCUCUAAAUCAUCUCCGUUAUCAAACUGUUUUAGAGGCAGAAAGGGAAACAAUUCAGUAGUUCAUACUUACGAAGACACUUUAAUGUCUUUUGUGACAUUAAGAAAGAUGAGUCCAAUGCAAAAACCUCAACAGAGCAGUCCAACAUCUGCAGAAGUAACCGUGAAUCAGAAUUCUAUUGGAAAAGCCUUGCCCGAUAACAGGAUAAAUGUAGUGAAUCACGCCUCAGAUGCAGGAAGGAGUGUCAUUGCCUCUGAGAAGAGCUUUCCCUGUGAAGAGAAGCAAGAGAUCAUCAGCAAGAUUGUAUACGUCCAAGCCACAGAGAGUCAGAGACAUGCUUAUAGGGAACUGCAUGCGAUGGCUCUGCCCUCUAUGAGUAAAAUGCAGAAGUUGGGCAUCUCUGCUUUGAACAACAGAGACUUUGGCACUCUGUCUUCCGAACUCACACGAUUCCUUCUAAAGCAGCAGGAGCGAAUGCUUCGGACAGAACAGGAUGCAGAUAGUGUUAAUGAGAUGCCACUGCUACAUAUUCUGGUAACACUGAAGGAACACGUCCUCUUCGGAUGUGACCUCAAUGCAGCUGCUGAGUACCUGGCUCAGGCGAAGGACUCCUGUACUCUUAGCUGUUUGAAUGAGCUGUUGAGGAAGUUUGAGGUAUUGCAGUAUCUGAGUCAGAAGAGGCAGGAGCCCAACCCUAAACUACUGGAGCUCCAGGAGCAAAUCAACACAUGGAUGAACUCCCACGCUAACCACAACACUAGAGUCCUAGUGUUAACAGUGAAUGGUGUAAACAAAGAGCUGCUUUCAGCUCUCAACCAGGUAUCAGGAAACUCUGUGUCUGAAAUCGUCCCGGGUGAAGGAAAGCAUAAAGUAGUGAGCAGAGAAGUGAUGGACAGACUGUCCUACAGUAGGUGUGUCGUUGUGUGCAGUCAGCACAUUGGUCCUGAUUUCCCAUGGCAGAGUUUCAGUGUGGUGUUUGAGCUUCACUGUGUGGGUCACUCGCCCUUCGGCAGUGUGUGUUCAGAGAGAAACAUCGACUUUAUCUCCUUCUCCACUGCAGUGCCUGAAUCCACAGAUAUCUCAGAAGAAUCAACUGCUAAAUCAUAUCUGGACACUGUUCCAUUUGUGCUGCUCAUCACGGAUGGUUUACUGAACCGCUUAAAGAUACAGUUCACACUGGAGACAAUGUACAAUAUUGUUCUGCUGGAGAGGAAACAUUCUCCAUCUGCACUGAAGCUGGGCGGAACCCAUUUUGAUGUCAUCACUGUGGAUGAGACCACUGCCAUCCUCAUCCAGGAGCUGAGUGAGUUGGACAUGAAGAUUGGACAAGCAUCUGAGCGUGUCGUCAUGAGACUCUCAGCACUAUCUCUGCAGUUCAGCCGCUGCUGGCUCAUUCUGCACUGUGCCGAGAACCACAGGGCAUUGAUUUCCAGUAACAUCUAUAUAAAUCUGGUUCAUAUCUAUUCUGCAUCUGUGCUGUUCGGAAUCAAGUCUGAGAAGUUUGAUGUCAAGGUGUUAAUGGUGUGUGAGGAAGAAGAGAUAGCGAGCUACAUCUAUCAGAUCUCCUUACAUACUCUGAUGAAUUCAGAGAGAGAUGGACUGAGCUGGUUGGAUAGAGAUUGGCUCAGUGUGCGGCCCACAGAGGCAGAGCAUUGCCUAUUGCAUUUUCCCUGCAUUAAUCCUCUGAUUGCUCAACUGAUGUUGAGGAGAGCUCCAUCACUGCAGUGGCUGCUGGGAGCUUCUUUCUUUGAGCUGCAGGAAAUGUUCCCACAGAUCCCUCACAAAGUCAUUAAGCUUUUCAGUGAUAUUACAGCUGAGUCCAAAGUCAAAAAGGCCACCCUGAAGAGUGAGAAUACACCCUUCUCAGACAUAAACAGCCCAGCUCAUCCUCAUCUGCCUCCCUGGACUCAGGAUCUUGAUAAACCUCAGUUAGACCUGGAGGAUAAGACGCCAUAUAGCCAGUUUACACAGUUGAUUGCAGGUCAUAACAGAAGAAGAGGAGAGGAAACAUGGAGAAAAAAUGAAUUAUCUCUUCCAGAUUCAACUCACUCUCACUCAUUCAACCCCUUAUUGCCAAGUCAGUUCAGCCAAGCUUCAGCUACAGUGAGCGUCUGGCAGCCGCAGGGUGAAGGAUUUAUUCAACACCCAAAUCUAGUGCCAGGCCGAGCUGUUCCCCGAGGGUCUGCCCGUGUUCCCCUGGCUCCUCUGCCCACUUCUGAAGUGCUGGGGUUCAGGAACACUGCGUGUGCUUUCAGCUCUAGGCCGCAGGGUCAGACUCACCGGAGCUCACCUGAGAACGAUCCGCCUCGCACGACAGGAGAGGAGAGGAAGAGGCGAGGAGGAGAAGACGCGCACAGUGACUUUGGACCAAAUCUGAGAGAUUACUGGAGUGUUUUCACAGGAGAAACAUCUGUGCAGCAGAAGUCUUCAUUGAAUUGCAUUGCUGAAGAAACAACUGCAAUAUUAAAGACACAUUUCUUUCCUAUAGGAAACCGGAGCUCAGGUAGGUGAAACGUUUGAGUGUGUAUUGGUUGAGAGUUUAGUUUCGGGCAGGUUUGCGGGUUGUUGAAGUUUUUGGCCAAUCUGAAAGGCAGCUCUGCAGGUGCAGGGAGUGUUGAGCGGUCGAGUCUGUAUGAAUGGAGUCGUGAAUUCAACUCCGUUCUAACCGUGUCUGUCCUCUGCCUGACUCCUAAUCCCUCCAUAAUCCCAUUAUGCAAAUCCCCCACAAUUCUCAGAGAGACUUUUAACGCAACAAUUGCUGCAGCGAGACACCAGCUUUUGAUCUGAAGGGAGGUUGAGAGUGCGGGAGAGAGCGAGAGGGGGCUUCGGAGACCUUGGCCCCAAAGAAUGUGCUGAUCCACAAGCUUGCCUCUGUCAUAACCUAGUGUAAUUUAUGUGAAGCCCCAGGACAUGCUAAACAAGAUUACCAUCAUUCAGACAAAACCUAUAUUAUUACUCUGUCAGGGUGAAUAUGCUGUUGGUUUUUUUGGCACCGUGUUGUCCAAUCAGAGGAAGGUUUUCAUUAUGAUGUCACUUCACUAUUGGAAAGAGUCGCUGUAAUAGAUCUGUUAGCAGGUGGACGUCCAGCAUCCCAACAAUAGAGAGAAACACAUUUUGUACAACAGCCACGUAUUUGUUAGAGCUCAUAGGCAAUAAGUCUGCUUUGAAUAGUCCGUCGUUUCUGUUGUUGCCCGAUGGGGUGAAUGUGGAAGUGUUUAAGAUAAUAAUAAUGAAUAAACUUAAACUCGCAUCAAUAAAAAUGGUUCACUCACGUCAUUAAGUGCCAUUAGAAAAGAUUUGCAAUGUGAAGAUUUAUAAGCUGACAUUUAAAGAGAGUCGAAAAUAUGCAAAGUAUUUUGAUGCAUAUUAUUCUGUGGAUUAAAAUGAGAACAUCAAAACACAUAAAAAAAAUAUUUGUCAAGCAUAGUGAAGCUUGACUUUUUUUAAGAUACAAUGUUAGAGUGUUAAUCAUUGGAUUAUACCUUCCUUUUAAUUUGUCUAACCUGUUUAUAUGACUGUGACUGGCAGUGUAAAGUAAUUAGUAAUUUAGUAUUUUUUUAUUGCCUUGAAAAUUAAAAUAAAUAUCAUUAAAAUGUAUUAUAUUUAUGUAAUUUAAUAUUAAUAUUAUUUAGUAUUUAAUAUAUAGUUUCA